ACAGAUAGUUUCCAUGACCAGCUGACAGAGGAUGCUGCCUUCCUCAGAACAGAGAGGAGACUUGACACAGAGCUGGUGGACAAAGUCAUCCUACAGCUCAAUCGAAUCUACCCGCAAAUACUCACAGACAAAGAGGCCACCAAGUUUCGAAAGUUGGACGUGCCUACGUGCGUACGACUGGGUGAGCUCGUGACUCACCUGCAAGCAAAAGGCGAGGAAGCAUGCCGGGAAUUUUAUAGGGCUCUGCACCUGCAUGUAGAGGACGUAUACUACAGCUUGCCUACACGCCUCCGCCUUCGAGAUUCUGUUGAUCCUCUCACAUAUCCAAGUGCUUACAAAGAGAGACAUGUUAUGAAUGACAAAGGUCCCAUUUUCUUCAUGGGCUGCUUCGGUGUUGCGGUUGGAAUGGCAUUAGUUUAUUACCUUGGUGAAACCAAAGUGACUGGAGGAAGUGGGGCUCUCGGGAUGGCGGCUUUGGGCUUGAAAAGAAAAGCCCGUGAGGUUCUGGUAUGGUACACAGAAGAAAGCCUCAUGAAGUAA